AUGCUCCAGAUUGAAGACUGGGAAGACAGGCCGUCCCUCGAGAUCAGCAAGUUCCCCCGAUUGCACACUUUACGACACGAUGGAAUUACCCAGCCGCCUUCCAAUGGUUUGGGACCAAUGAUCUUAGACUCCUAUCAGGUGCCUCCACAGAUCCAGACACUUGUUAUUGGCGUUGUCGCUCCCAUAUCGUUUUUUUCGAGUGGUGGUUUCUCUUCGUGCCUUGUGCCGAAACUAUCGCGUCCCUUGAGUCAUCUCGUUCUCCUUAUCAACGAGUACAGCGAACACGAAGAGGCCAUUCUCAAGUACUACCUUACUCCAACAAACCAGCUUUGGCUACACCUCACGAUCAUUUUCCGACCACCAACGGCAUAUCCCGAGCCCUACCCGCGCCCCAAACCAACACCUCCGAGCUGCCUGCACUCCGUUAGGCCAUUACCAAGACUAAGUUCCGACGACGUGUCGGCUGGGCGGACAGUGAAGGUUGUCAAUUGGUCAAAGGGUCCACGUUUACCAGGUGACCGGCCCAGCCUGUUUGACGUAUUUGACGUGGGCCCAACCAAUCCGAACGUUGUCUUUAAAACUAUCAAGGAGUACCUCGAUGAGGAUGACUGGACCGACAUAUUUGAGCCUGAUGACGUGCAGAGGUAUCUGCGCAGCCUGGACGCCGUUGCCUGA